AUGACUGACCCACAACGGAUCGCCAUACAGCCCAUGAACCAGCAGCUAUUGGUCCAGAAUGCGAAGGAAGACUGGACUGGAGUAACUAGCACUGCAGAGAGACGCAAGCUGCAGAAUCGCCUCAACAAAAGAUCACAGUAUCUUAGGAAACGACAACAACAGGAGAGAAGGCAAUUUACCUCGGACAUCAUCAGCCAAGCCAUCAUACCCACUGAACCAAAGACUUCAAUCAACUUUGGUCUCCAAAGACCACCAGAUGAAAUGCUCCAAGCCAUUCUAGAGGCGUGCGAAGCGUUUGCCACCCCCGAGCUUCGCCAAAAGGUGUUUGCGCUUGCGAGCAAGGCUUAUCUGGACUACACCAUGAACGCUCCCCGGCUUUCGCAUCUGCCAUUUCUAAUCACAUUGAACGUCAACAUAGCAAUUGCCAAAAAUGCCACCCUUAUGGGCUUCGAUCGUAAACUCAUGUGCUUAGACGAGAGCAUCUCACCAUUCAACCACAACGGACCAGUUCCACCUUCUUUUAACCCCCCAAAGCUUCUCGAGCCUACACAAGUGCAAAGGGAAGUACUGCAUCACCCAUGGCUAGACAUAUUCCCCUUCCCCAGGUUUAGAGACAACAUGAUCAGGGCACUGGAUGCGGGACUGUUGGACGAUGAUGAACUUUGCAGGGAUUUAGCCGAGGCCAACUUGGAUAAUGUUGAGAAGCCCAGCUUGAUCGUAUGGGGCGAUGCUUCACUGCCGCAUUCUUGGGAGGUUUCACCUUGGUUUGUUCGGAAAUGGGGCUGGCUGCUUCAGGGCUGCCCUGAGAUGCUGGAAGUGACCAACAAGUGGCGACAUAGUCGGGGAGAAAGGAUGCUAGAGUGGAAGCAUUAA